UUACUGCUAUCAGUCAGUCACUAGUCAGUGUCUGCUCUGCUGAUGUAUGUUUGUGGGGAGGAAAUUUGUCAAAAUAAACUAUUUACCGAGAGGAGUAUCUUCUAAGGAGAUGACUUAAAUUGUUACAUUAAAAAAAUACUUGUAUUCUUUAUCAUCGUGUAAUUUGUAAUAAUAAUUAUGAAAGAAUUAUUGUAUUAUGUUGUCUUUUUCCUUGCAGUGAGUUACGUAAAGGCUCAAUCCUAUGAAGAUGCACGCUGUAAAUGUGUUUGUACUGUUGUCAACGGAACUCAAACUUACAAGAAGUUAUAUAUUGCCAAUGUACCUCCUAACAACGAUUGUGACGGGGUAAGCGUUCCAGUGGUGGAUAAUGAUAACAAAACCCAAGAGCUGUGCCCUCGAUGUGAAUGCAAGUACGAAAGUAGAAAUACAACCAUAAUCAAGGUUGUAGUUAUAAUUGUAAUCUGGAUCAUCUCUUUGCUUGUGAUCUACAUGCUGUUCUUGAUCUGCCUGGACCCACUUCUGAACAAGAGAGCUAAGAGCAGCUAUGUAGAGCAUACUAAUGAGGAUGAUGAAAGCGGUGGUGUCCCAGCUGGAUCCUCUCACCAGAUGGGAGUUAGAGGAGGCAAUGUUCUCAACAGAGUCGGGCACCAACAAGACAAGUGGAAGAAACAAGUCCGUGAGCAACGGAAAAAUAUUUAUGACCGACACACAAUGCUUAAUUAAUUGAAUACAUUUGUCUCAUGUUUAUUAAAGUAAGAUUUUAAUAAUAUUAAAUAUUAUAGCAUUUUAUUCCUUUGCACUUUUAAUUAAACACUUUUUUGUUAAAGUGGUUCAAUGUAAGUAUAUAGUUUUACCUAUAGUUUUAUAUUUCUGUAGAUACUAUGUUUGAAGGUUAUGUGUGAUUUUUUGUUGUUAAAUCAGUAUUGACGAUUUCUAUUAAAUAUAAUUCUAGUUGGAAAACGUU